CUGUUGUCAAUAACCCCUCUUUCAAACGACCUCAACCCAUCCACCAUGUCCAAUAUGCCUCACGAUGGCAUCAAAGCCAUCACCGAGUCUCUGCCGCCUGCAACUGACUAUCUUACAUAUCUCACCAUCCUCGAAUCGCAACUGUCGCCCGACAUCCUCCCCGCGCUGAACGAUAUCCUCCAAGAUGCUGAAUUGACCCAGAACAUUGGGUGGGACCUCAUCCACCUCCUUCUACCCCUUCCGGGUGCAGAGAAGUGUCUAGGUAGCAUCGCGAGACUGGGAAAUCCGAGGGAGGUGGUGUUGAAAGUGACCGAGUCACUGCAUAUAUUAGAUCUAGAUGCGGUCGAGGAGGGCCAUGAUGUUGAGGAUGAGGACAAGGCUGCUGAGGUAGAGGACAGCACUGCAGAAGAAGAGAGCAAGAUAGAGAAUACCAAGAAACCUACACCCGAACCUACGAGUGUCGACAAGUUCUGCAUCUUGGUCAACCUCCUCGCCAUACUCCAUCCGCGAAUAAAGACAAAAUACCCCUCCCGCUUCCUCUCCACGUCCCUUAUGUCGAUUCUUGCAGCCUUCCAUCCUUCCAAUCAAGCAACCCUCGCCGUCGUCUCCUUUGUACAUACAAUCUCCGGCAAGAAACGACCACCAUUGCCUGGUCGACAAUCGAGCUUGAGUAUCAAGGUUACGAAUGCAUCGGAGUCUGAUCCUUCUGCGCCCGACCCGGAAGCACAUGAAGAUGCAGAUCCACAGGAAGGUGCUAUACAGACUAAGCUGCUGCAGUCCUUCGUCACGCAUAUACUGCAAGACUAUGCCAAUACCAAUAGCUUGGAGUGGGCUGCAAGACUCCAAGAAUCAUUUGAUCCAACAAAGGUGGUGGCGGGGAAGAAAAGCUUGGGCGAAUCGUUUCGAGAGGAGCCCACACUGCAAGAAAGAGAUACGUUGGUAGGACAGCUCGUGGCACUGGCCAGAGAUCUUGGCAUGUCGGACUAUACCGAUCUGUUCGACGCCAUAUACAAAACGGAAGACGAGACUGGCGACGACGACGACGACGACGAGAAUGAGGAGGCGAACUACCCAACCUCACCAGCAGAUAUUCCUUUAUCGAAAACAGGAUCUCUAUUUCUCAUAACUUGUUAUGUUUUUGCCUCGAUCCUCUUUAAAUCCAAAUCUCCACCCCCAAAACUGUCCAUUUUCCCUGACCAUGCAAAGCUUGUCAAGCAAUUCAUCGGAACCGACGGGCCGGCGAACAUUGGUAACGAAGACUCGGGGGUAAUUGACGCUAUUUUGGCUAUUGGAUUGUGGCUGGAACAUAACAAUAACUUCGUGUCUGGACCCCUUGAAGAUGAAGAUUUUCUUCAACAUCUUCAGUCACUAUCAUUAUUGUCCGCCAAUACUCCUUCUCCCACGUUGCGGUACGCAGCUCACGUGCUGACUUCAACCAUACUGCAUGCGCACCCAGUUGACCGUCUCCGCCUUACAUUCAUAACGGAUACUUUGGAGCACUGCCCUUAUGAAAAUUUGAAGGCCUCUGCCGUUUCUUGGUUGAAGGAGGAGAUAAUCACAGCAUAUGAACGGAAAUCGAACAAUAUAUUUGGAUCGAAGGUUGCUCUAUCCGCUGCACAGCCAUACUUGUUUCCUGAUGCCUCGGAGUUAGGAAGUGCUACUGCGGAAGAGCUGGCUCAUAUUCUGGGUCAAUCUUUUUCGUUCCAUAUGGCUGUAGUAAAUUUUGUUUUCUUCAUUUCAGGGGAGAAUUAUGCCCAUAUCGUUCCUUCAGGAAUGUUGUCUGUUGUUGAAGAAAUUUAUUUGGGACCACUGAGAGCUGCACAAGUGAAGGCUCUGACUGCAUUUGAGGCCGGAGAACCAGAGUCAACGUUCGAUACAGGAUUAUCUGGAUUGGACUUGCAGCUCCUUGGUGAGAGGAUAUCUAUGUGUUCGGCAAAGACUGAUGUCUGA